AUUUACCCUCACGGUCCUUUGUUUCACAAUAUAUAAACCACAUGUUAGUGAUUUAUUGAAACAAAUUGCAUAUGGGUUCUCAAAAUUUUCUCUCUGUGGUGGCCAAGAAUAUUGAUGUCCUUAUUGGGCCUGUGAUUGCUCUUGUCUACCCUUUAUAUGCUUCAAUCAAAGCUAUAGAGACAAGGUCUCAAUCAGAUGACCAACAAUGGCUAACUUAUUGGGUUCUUUACUCAUUAAUCACACUCUUUGAACUUACAUUUUCAAAGCCUCUUGAAUGGUUCCCAAUAUAUCCAUAUGCGAGGCUAUUUGCCACAUGUUGUAAACCGGAUGAUAUUUUAACUGCUGCAGAGAAAUAUAUAGCAGAAAAUGGACCUGAAGAGUUCGAAAGGAUUAUAAGUAGGGCUGAUAGGGAAGCAAGAUCACGGAGGGGAGGUUAUACUAUUGUUGAUGAUAAUUAUGGGUAUUGAGCUUUAUCUUGUGUUUUCGAUCUAGUAAAAAAACUCAAUUGCGAAAUAUAUGUCGCAAAAGCUUAGAUGUCUUCUUAAAUUGAGCUUUCUUGUUGAGUUGAAUGUUAUGAAGUUAUUAUAAAUGUUUUUAACUUCCUAUGAAAUUUUUUUUGUUAUCGUUUGUUGAUAUUCAAACUCAC